AUAAUAUAGUCAGCCAUUUUUUAUGUAAGGGGAUUUUUUUCUUAUUGGGGGGGUUGUUAAAAAAUAAAUAUAAGAGGGCGGCCAUCUUUGUUGCUCAGCCUUAGUGUAAAAUAUUCCAAAACGCCCCCCUACUUUUCUCCCGUGCCGAUUUGAAUAUUAAAUAAAUAACACUCCAUCCGCUGCAAGAAUUACAGCUUCGUUGUUUUGUGUUUUAUUUUUUUUAAAAACACUGAACACAAGGACGGAGCCGCCAAUGACAGCAGGAAUAUAAUAAUGUCCUCUCCUCUCCGCUCCUGCGAGGAAGACGAGGGCAUGGUGGUUAAUUCCGAGGGAGGAGAUUUUGAUGAAGAAGACAACGAGGACGACGGAGAGCUGGACGAGAACGCAAGCGACAUAAACUCGCCGGCGGCGCCUCGGGAAACUGCAACACCACCAGCCGCGCCAGCGGCCACAGCGGUGGUCUCGGUCCCCUCUUCUCCACCACCGCUACCCCCACAUCUCCAUUGGGAAUUGCAGGAGUCGUUCCAGUUCAUUACACUGGUGGGCCUCUCUGAAUCACCGAGCCCUGCGUGCAUGCAGCGGCCGCCCCCCGGCGUUUCGUCGGCGGACCGCACUGCUGCACGGCUAGGCGGGAAUCACAGAGGCUCCGGAGUGAGGAGGAGGAAGAUGAUGUCGGAUCGAGAGGUCCCAAGAAGAAAGGAGAAGACACAAAGAAGAAACCUGCCAAACAAAGAAAGCAUGAAGAUUGACAGCGAUGUAGAGCGAAUCUCAGACAGAGAAAGAGACUAUGGUGAAAACUCAGACAGCAUCGCCAGUGAUUAUGGCUCUGGCGAGAAAAAGAAAAAGAAGAAAAAAAAGAGAAGAAGAAAAUGGACUCCUCCCAGGCCAAUGAUAGCCAAGAAGAACCCGAAGAUCCCCAUGUCGAAGAUGAUGACCAUCCUGGGGGCCAAGUGGAGGGAGUUCAGCUCCAACAACCCCUUCAAAGGCAACGCCGCUGCCGUCGCAGCCGCCGCCGCCGCUGCCGCCAUCGCUGUCGCUGAGCAGGUCUCUGCAGCAACCACCUCGCCCGAGCCGCCGCCUCAGCCGCCGCCCAUUAGAAAGGCCAAGACGAAAGAGGGCAAAGGUCCAGGAUAUAAAAAGCGCAGUAAAAGUCCUAGAGUGCCUGACAAGAAGAAAGCCCUAUCUAAAGCUAAAAAGAUGGCUCCCAUCCGUAUUAAACUAUUACCAAUAGCUGGGAAGAGGAAGAAGAGCUGCUCUAGCGACGACAUGGAUGAGGAAGAGUCUGAGCAGGAGGACUCCAGCGUUCACAGCUCCUCCGUUCGCUCCGACAGCUCUGGCCGAGUGAAAAAGAACAAGCGGGGACGGCCUGCCAAGAAGAAGAAGAAAGGUCCAGGUGAGGAAGAAGGCGACGGCUAUGAGACGGAUCACCAGGACUACUGUGAGGUGUGUCAGCAGGGCGGAGAGAUCAUCCUGUGCGACACCUGUCCUCGAGCGUACCACCUCGUGUGCCUCGAGCCUGAGCUGGACAAGGCCCCCGAGGGCAAGUGGAGCUGCCCGCAUUGUGAAAAAGAGGGAAUCCAAUGGGAGGCGAAAGACGAAGACUUUGAGGACUUCGAGGAGGACAGCGAGGACAGAGUGAUAUCCGAGGUCAGCAUCGGGGUUCCCGCCGGCGCGGAGGAGGAGGAGGACGACCACAUGGAGUUCUGUCGGGUGUGCAAGGACGGCGGCGAACUGUUGUGCUGCGACACGUGCACGUCCUCCUACCACAUCCACUGUCUGAACCCUCCGCUGCCCGAGAUCCCCAACGGAGAGUGGCUCUGUCCGCGAUGCACGUGCCCGCCAAUCAAAGGAAGGGUCCAGAAGAUCCUCCACUGGAGGUGGGGCGAGCCUCCUCCUCCCAUUCCUGUCCCGCUGCCCCCUGACGCUCCUCCCGAUGCCCCUCCACUGCCGCCAAUGAAGGGCAGAGCUGAGAGGGAGUUUUUUGUCAAGCUAACCAGCCAGUCGUACUGGCACUGCACCUGGAUCACCGAGCUGCAGCUGGAGAUCUUCCACUCGGUGAUGUACAGAAACUACCAGAGGAAGACCGACAUGGACGAGCCCCCCAGCCUGGACUACGGAUCGGGCGCAGAGGACGAGAACGGAGUGGGCAAGAGCGAGAAGAGGCGGGCCAAAGAUCCCCACUACGCCCUGCUGGAAGACAAAUACUACAAAUACGGCAUCAAGCCCGAGUGGAUGAUGAUUCACCGCAUCAUAAACCACAGCGUGGAUAAAAAGGGGAUGUACCACUACCUGGUAAAGUGGAAAGAUCUGACCUAUGACCAGUGCACCUGGGAGAGAGAUGACAUGGAUGUGCCCGACUUUGAACUCCACAAGGCCAACUACUGGAGACACAGGGACAACAUCUUGAAGGAAGACCCCGAUAAACCCAGGAAAAUGACGAGCAAGGAGGGAGACGGUGAGGAGGAGGAGUCUCUGCCCUCCCCACUCACAGAUGGCACCGACACCAUCCUGGCAGAUGAAAUGGGUCUGGGGAAAACCAUCCAGACAAUCGUCUUUCUCUAUUCACUGUUCAAGGAGGGCCACACUAAGGGUCCCUUCCUGGUCAGUGCGCCCCUCUCCACUAUUAUAAACUGGGAGAGGGAGUUCGAGAUGUGGGCGCCCGAUUUUUACGUGGUGACAUACACGGGAGACAAAGACAGCCGAGCCAUCAUCAGAGAGAACGAGUUCACGUUCGACGACUCCAUCAAAGCCGGAAAGAAGGCCUUCAAACUCAGGCGCGAAGCUCCCAUUAAAUUUCACGUCCUUCUGACCUCCUAUGAGUUGGUGACCAUCGAUCAGACGGCGCUCAAGUCCAUCGACUGGGCGUGUCUGGUGGUGGACGAGGCUCACCGCCUCAAAAACAACCAGUCCAAGUUCUUCAGGCGUUUAAAUGACUACAAAAUUGACUACAAGCUGCUGCUGACUGGGACUCCCCUGCAGAACAACCUCGAAGAGUUGUUUCACCUGCUCAACUUCCUCACCCCGAAUCGCUUUAACAACCUAGAGGGCUUCCUGGAGGAGUUCGCCGACAUCUCCAAAGAGGACCAGAUCAAGAAGCUCCACGACCUGCUGGGGCCUCACAUGCUGCGGAGGCUCAAGGCCGACGUGUUUAAGAACAUGCCGGCGAAGACCGAGCUGAUUGUCAGAGUGGAGCUGAGUCCCAUGCAGAAGAAGUACUACAAGUUGAUUCUGACCAAGAACUUCGAGGCUCUGAACUCGAAAGGCGGAGGAAACCAGGUGUCUCUGCUCAACAUCAUGAUGGACCUGAAGAAGUGCUGCAACCACCCGUACCUCUUCCCCGUCGCCUCCAUGGAAGCCCAGAAAACACCCAGCGGGGCGUACGAAGGCUCGGCCCUCACCAAGGCCUCUGGGAAGCUGACGCUGCUGCAGAAGAUGCUGAGGAAGCUGAAAGAUCAGGGGCAUCGAGUGCUGGUCUUCUCACAGAUGACUAAAAUGCUGGAUUUAUUAGAAGAUUUUCUGGACUACGAGGGUUACAAGUACGAGAGGAUUGACGGAGGCAUCACAGGCGCCCUGAGACAAGAGGCCAUCGACAGAUUCAACGCUCCCGGAGCGUGUCAGUUUUGCUUCUUGCUCUCCACCAGAGCCGGAGGUCUGGGCAUAAACCUGGCUACGGCCGACACGGUCAUCAUCUUUGACUCUGACUGGAACCCCCACAACGACAUUCAGGCGUUCAGCAGAGCUCAUCGCAUCGGGCAAGCCAACAAGGUGAUGAUCUACCGCUUUGUGACGCGAGCCAGCGUGGAGGAGCGCAUCACCCAGGUAGCCAAAAGGAAGAUGAUGCUGACCCACCUGGUGGUGCGGCCAGGUCUGGGAUCCAAGGCCGGCUCCAUGACGAAGCAGGAGCUGGAUGACAUCCUCAAGUUUGGGACGGAGGAGCUCUUCAAGGAUGAAGGAGAAGGUAUGAAGAACAACUCUCGGGACAAAGUCGAGGAUGAGGGCAGCGUCAUUCACUACGACAGCACCGCCAUCGAGAGGCUGCUGGAUCGCAGCCAAGACGCCACGGACGACUCGGACGUCCAGAACAUGAACGAGUACCUGAGCUCCUUUAAGGUUGCCCAGUACAUGGUCCGAGAGGAGGACAAGAUUGAGGAGAUCGAGCGGGAGAUCAUCAAGCAGGAGGAGAACGUGGACCCGGAUUACUGGGAGAAGCUGCUGCGGCAUCACUACGAGCAGCAGCAGGAGGACCUGGCCAGCAAGCUAGGUAAAGGGAAGAGGAACCGCAAGCCUGUGAACUACAACGACGCUGCGCAGGAAGACCAAGAUAACCAGUCCGAAUACUCCGUGGGCUCCGAGGAGGAGGAUGAGGACUUCGACGAUCGGCCAGAAGGUCGGAGGCAGUCACGUCGUCAGCUGAGGAAUGAGAAAGAUAAACCUCUGCCUCCUCUUCUGGCCAGAGUGGGAGGCAACAUAGAGGUUCUUGGUUUCAACACACGGCAGCGCAAAGCUUUCCUGAACGCGGUGAUGCGUUGGGGUAUGCCAUCUCAGGACGCGUUCUCAUCUCAGUGGCUCGUUAGGGACCUCAGGGGAAAAACUGAGAAGGAAUUCAAAGCUUACGUGUCUCUCUUCAUGCGUCACCUGUGCGAGCCGGUCGCCGACGGGGCCGAGACGUUUGCCGACGGCGUCCCGAGGGAGGGCUUGUGUCGGCAGCUCGUCCUGACGCGUAUCGGCGUCAUGUCUCUGGUCAAGAAGAAGAUCCAAGAGUUUGAGCACAUCAACGGACGGUGGAGCCUUCCGGAGCUCAAACCCGAGGUCACCGUUGACAAAUCCUCCUCCCGGGCCUCCUCUCCCGCCGCAAAGACCGCGACUCCCACGCCCGACGCAAGCUUCAACAACACGCCAUGCACCUCGAAGCCAGCGACUCCUGCUCCGUCGGAGAGGCUGGAGAAGAACGGGAAGGAGGGUGAAAAGGAGGAGGAGAAGGGGGACGCUGAGGCCUCCGCAGAAAGGGAGAAAGUGAAGGAGAAGGAGCAGCAGAAAGAGGCAGACGGCAACAAGACCGGCGACGCUGAGGAGCUUUCAUCCUCGACAAAAGAAUCGUCGCAGAAGGCGUCUCCGUGUCAAAAGAUGGACGGCAAAGAAGAGAGGACCACCAAAGAGGAUGACAUGGAGGAAUCGAUCGAGUCUUCAGCCGCUACAUCAGAGGAGAACAAACAACAAGAGGACAGUAAAGAGGAGACCAAACAAAACACCGACGUCACAGAAAGGAAGUCAGAGGGAGACAAGCCUGGGGAGGACAAGGACAAAGAAAAGAGGGAUGAAAUGCGAACAUCUUCAGAGGCAGCAGAAGCCAGGGACAAAACCGAGGCGUCCGACCUGAAGAGAGAAGAGGUCAAAGGCGAAAGGGAUGCUGGGAAAGAGAUCAAAGCAGCCAAGGAGGAGACGACAAAGGGUAAUGGGAAGCCUCAGACCGAACGGCCGCGCUUUAUGUUCAACAUCGCAGACGGCGGCUUCACAGAGCUGCACACUCUCUGGCAGAACGAGGAGCGGGCCGCCAUCUCCUCGGGUAAGAUGAACGAGAUCUGGCACCGUCGACACGACUUCUGGCUGCUGGCGGGAAUCGUGGUACACGGCUACGCUCGUUGGCAGGACAUCCAGAACGAUCCACAGUUCGCAAUCGUCAAUGAGCCGUUCAAGUCGCAGGCGAAUAAAGGAAACUUCUUGGAAAUGAAAAACAAGUUUUUGGCUCGGCGUUUUAAGCUGCUGGAGCAGGCGCUGGUGAUCGAGGAGCAGUUGCGGCGGGCGGCGUACCUAAACAUGACCCAGGACCCGAGCCACCCGGCCAUGGCGCUCAACGCUCGCUUCGCUGAGGUGGAGUGCCUGGCGGAGUCGCACCAGCACCUCAGCAAGGAGUCGCUGGCAGGGAACAAGCCAGCCAACGCUGUUCUGCACAAAGUGUUGAACCAGCUGGAGGAGCUGCUGAGUGACAUGAAGGCCGACGUGACCCGGCUGCCCGCCACGCUGUCCCGAGUCCCGCCCAUCGCCGCCCGCCUGCAGAUGUCGGAGCGGAGCAUCCUCAGCCGGCUCGCCAGCAAGGGCACCGAGACGCACACGCCCCCGCCCAUACCGCCGGGACCCUACGCCACCCCUCAGAACUACGGCGCGCCCUUCACCCCGGCGCCGCCGAGCGCCCUGCACAUGGGAGGAGCCAACUACAGCCAGAUGCCGCCGGGAUCCUUCAUAUCAGAAGCCGCCGCCGCUGCCGCUGCUGCUGGGGCCACCUGGGGUGCCGCUGGUGGAGCCGCAGGGGGGUCAACUGCCGCCGGGGUUUUCCAGAAGACCAAGGAGCACGACGUGAUGCAGCGGCAGCGAGUGGUGGACCUCUGGAAAGACGGCAAGUCAGAGGGAGCUAUCGGACUGGAGCUGAGGAUGCCCAAGUCCACGGUUCACAGCAUCAUUGUCAAGUAUCGGCUUAGCAACACGGUGGAGAACCUGCCGCGUAACGGGCGACCAAAAAAGCCUUGACGGAAGGCGAGGGAGAGGAUCCUGGAAUGUAGCAAAACUGAUGAAACAGAAAAAAAACCAAACUGGAUUUUAAAACCAACAACAAAUAAGACGAAGCUCCAAAGAAGACCUGAUAACGAAGCACUUACGCACUGCUGGAAUGUGAGGUAUAUAAAGAUGGAAGAACAAUCUCAAAACUCAGAAAUUGAAGGUUUGAAAUGCAAAAUAAAAAAGCAGUGGCAGCACUUUGACCCACAAAAGAAAGCAGGCAAUCAACUGCUUAAAGAGUGGACCAAAAAUAAACAGGGAGAAAUGAAGGGUGCUGCUGACAGGGAAGAAAAAGAAAAGCUUAAAAACAAAUCUGUCUGGAAUGAAAGCAGGAGGACAAAAAAGGACAGAAUGUUAAUGCAAUCAAAGGGGUUUUUUUUAGAAAAAUGCAGCAAAAAAGUUUUUGUUUUUUUUUAAUCUUCUCAUACAGAUUUCUUGAGACUUCUUUUUCUGUUUUUCCCUUUGAGCCAAAAGAUUUCCCCCC